AUGUCUGUCAUCAACAUAUCUUCGAACGAGCAGUUCAACACGCUUCUCAGCUCCUCGCGAGUUGUCGUCGCCGACUUCUACGCCGACUGGUGCGGACCAUGCAAAGCAAUCGCUCCCGUCUAUGACUCGCUGGCGCGCCAGCUGUCGCGCCCGAACCAAAUCACAUUCACCAAAAUCAACGGUGACGAGCAGAAGGAGCUGGCGCAAGCGUACAGUGUGCGAGCGUACCCGACAUUCAUCGUCUUCGAGAACGGCCGCAAGACCCAGACCGUGGCAGGCGCCGACCCACGCCGCCUGAACGAAGUGAUUCAAAAGCUCGCCAAUGAAGCAACCAAGUCCGAUGGAGCCGGCACUGGCGACGGCGAGUCAAGCGGUGCGAACGGAGGUUGGAUCGGCGGAUCCGUAGCUAAGGGAUAUGCGGACGUCACCGACCAAGUCGACCCGAAGGGCCUGGAUCUGCUGAACCGGGACACCGAUGCAGGCGAGCCGCGGGUUCUAUUCGAUACCAGCAAGCCGUCCGCACUAGCAGGCAAGGGCAAGAGCACGAGCAGCGGCAAGGACUGGGUGGAGAGUGACACGGACGAACAGCUGAUGCUUUACAUUCCGUUCCAGUCGACGCUGAAGGUGCACUCGCUGCAAAUUACGUCGCUUCCGACCGCGGCGGAGGAUGAGGAUGAGACGCCUAUGCGGCCUAAGACGGUGUCGCUCUUCACCAACCGGUCGCACGUGCUUGGGUUCGACGAGGCGGAGGAUAUCCCGGCUGUGCAGACGGUGGAGAUUAAGGAAGGGGACUGGGAUGCGAAGACAGGGACAGCCAAUGUGCCAUUGCGCUUUGUCAAGUUCCAGAAUGUUACGUCAUUGGUGCUGUUCUUCGUCGAUGGAGAUGGCGAUGGCGAGAAGCUGCGCGUGGAUCGCAUUCGCAUCGUGGGCGACGCGGGCGAGAAGAGAUCCAUGGGGAAGCUUGAGAAGAUCGGCGAUGAGCCAGGCGAGUAA